AUCUAAAAAAGAACUCUGGAACUAAGAAAGCCUAACUAAAAACUCCGUCAUGAUAGCCACUUUGAUUGGUCUUGCUCUGCUGCUCCAAGCUAACACGAUUGCAGGACAGGAUUACCAAGUCUUUGGAUCACCUGGCGUACAAGUAAUAUACCCGUCCUCGUCGCAGGUUCAGGUCCUGGGCGGAAGACAUUUCUUUCGCAACGGAUUGCGAAGGAAUCUCACGAUCAAUGCGAACGCAACUAGCCAAAAUUUUCAACUUAUUAGUAACUUGAGCAACGGCAAUUCAGGCAACACUCCACUUCGGAAUUUCUUAAGGUCCUUGUUUAACCGCCAGCCAAAUAUCCAGUAUGUGAACCUGAAUUCCAGAGCCUUUAACGACGUCUCCCAGGAGCCGCAAUACUGGAAUCCAUAUCGGUCCUUUGCAAGUCCAGUAGUUUUGACGCGCACACGAGUUAAGACUGUAAGACAAGGUGUUCCACGCCGGAUUUUGGUACGGAAUCUGAUGUCCACCAAAUCUCAGACGACCAAUGUGCAAUCCUUUAGGAUUCCCAUUUUUGAGAACGAAUGGCAGUAUGACCCGACAUAUGUAUGA